CCGCGCGGAGCGCGUGUGGGGUGCUUGUGGAUCGUGCGGGUCUGUAGGAUUUUGAAAUUAGUGGCGGGGAAGCGCAGAGUUAGAGCUCCCCGGGUGGGAACUGAAGUGACGCCCUGAGGGAGCUGCCGGUCCGGGCGUUUCUGCCGCGGGACCCGGGCUGAGCGCGCACGUGUGAGCGCCGCUGAGGGAGUGCCCGGCGGUGUCGCCGCCAGCCGGGCCCGGAGCGCGCGUGUGCUCCGCGAUGCUGCAGCGUCCCGACUGCACCCGAGUCUCCUGCCGCCCGCCCCGGCUCUCCUCGCCUCAGCUCCGGGAAGGGCAGCAUCGCUGCCGCUGAGCCUCCGAGGGCAUGCCAGCGGGCCUCACGGGGCCGGCCGGCGCCGCUGCUCCUGUAGUCUCGAGCGCCUCGGGGACCGUGACUAUGGCCCCGGUCGCUGCGCUGCCUGUGCGGGUGGAGAGCACCCCGGUGGCCCUGUGCCCUGUGACUAAGGCCCCUGUCAAUGUCUGCGUGGAUUCUGUGGCGCCCCAGUCCUUGCCAGCCCCAGUGGGGACUCUAGUGACCAAAGUGGUUCCUGUCACUGCCCUUCCUAAACUCGGCGGCCCCAGGCUGCCCGCUCCUCAGAUAGUCACCGUGAAAACUCCUAGCACCACGACAAUCCAACUACCGGCUAAUUUGCAGCUUCCUCCAGGAACAGUUUUGAUCAAAAGUAACAGUGGUCAGUUGAUGCUGGUUUCUCCUCAGCAAGCUGUAGCAGGAGCCAAGACCACAAGUACCAUAACUCCAAGACCAGCAGUACCAGCAAACACUCAAACAGUCAAGAUCUGUACAGUGCCGAAUUCUAGCUCACAAUUAAUGAAGAAAGUAACGGUGGCUCCUGUUAAAAGUUUGACACAGAUAGGAACUACUGUGGCAACCACUGCCUCCAGUGCUUCCUCAGGACAACCUGUGACUGUACCAAGCAGUGUUGUCACAGUUACUCCUGCAAAGCCGGUGAAUAAUGUAUCCAUCCUGAAGUCAUCAAGUUUGGGAAUAUUAUCUACUCCCUCAAAUGACUCGAGUCUAAAAGCCGAGACGUCAGCAUCUGCUCAGACUAGUCUUCCUCCGACAGUUCUAGAAAAUGUGAAAAAAUGCAAAAACUUCCUUUCAAUGUUAAUAAAACUGGCAUGUAGUGGAUCACAGUCUCCAGAAAUGGGGCAGAAUGUGAAGAAGCUGGUGGAACAACUUUUGGAUGCAGAAAUUGAAGCAGAAGAGUUUACUAGGAAACUAUAUAUUGAACUCAAGUCUGCACCUCAGCCGCACCUUGUCCCUUUUCUUAAGAAAAGCGUGGUUGCCUUAAGACAGCUUCUUCCAAACUCCCAGAGCUUCAUUGAGAACUGUGUUCAGGAAGUUUCUGGUGAUGUGGUCAUUUCCUCCUGUGCCAUGACAACAGCAACUUCUCCUGUGGUGACAAGUACAGUUUCCCCAGUCAUUGUCUCUGGAGCAGCAGUGCCCAGAACUCUGUCUGUUCAACAGACUCUCAAUUCACUUGCUGGCCCAGGAGGAGCAAACACUGGAGUUGUGACGCUGCAUUCUGUGACCCCAGCCACUGCAACAGGAGGUACAACAGCUACAACUGUUUUGCUUCAGACUCCAAAACCACUUACAACACCAGUACCAAAUACAGUGGCAGCAGUGUCCCUUCAGCCUGAGAAUCCAGUCGUGUCUGGGGCAGCAGUAACACUGGCUGUUCCCUCAGCAACUUUGGGAGAAGCGUCAGCUCAACCUCUCUGUCUUCCAUCUGUGAAGACUGCCAUUACCUCUGCUGGGACCAAAGCCGAGAAAGCUGCCAUUAGCACUCCAGUCCAGAUCACACUGGCACAGCCAGGCCCCCUCCUUCCACAGUCUGCUGGCAUUCCACAGGCAGGCAAAGCCAAGCAACUAGUGAGUACCAUUUCACUUCUUCCUCAGCCACUCAAAAUAGUCACACAUGCAGAAAACUGCCAAGACUCUGCCUACUUCCUAGAUUUGACUAGGUGGAAUUCUUUUAGCCUCACUUGUUCAGUAGCCCUCUCUAUGUUGUAUAGACAAGUCACACAGCGUUUUUACUGAACAUUUGAGAGUUCUAGAAGUUGUGAUUGUGUAUCUCAAAAUCUUAUGUAUAUUUGCCCCUCCCCUUCCUUCCCUGUCCCCUUCCUUUCCUCUUUUCUUCCUUCCCUUCCUUCUUUUUCAGUGCUACAGAUUGUACAUUCUUAAGCAUUCUGGGCAGACAUUCUACCACUGAGCUAUAUCAUUGGCCUUUUAAAAA